AUGGCGCCGACUCCUCCACAAAUCUCAUCUACCGAAUCUCAACAAUCCUCAUUUGACAAUAACAUUUCGUCGAUUUUUCCACAAAUUCAGUUUUCGAGUCAAUUGCAGUUUUGGAUCACAAUGAUUGUUAUGAUUCCGGUUGUGUAUUUGGUCUAUAGACUUCUCAGGUAAUUAAAAUUUCUUUUUUUUUUUGCAAAUUAAAGUUUUUUAUAACCACAAAAACAAAGUUUUAUGAUGUUCUAAUCAAAACAAAACUUUUAAGUGCAUUAAAUUUUUUGAGAAAACAACAAUUCCAGUUCCACCUGGAAGUAAAUUCCUAUUUUUAAAUUAAAAUUUUUCAGAACAUUCUUCGCAUUCAUCAAAGCGAUUUUCAUUUAUGCGAUUGCUCCUCGAUUUUAUAAACCAAAUCUCGAACAAUACGCUCACAGAUACACAGGUUUGUAGAUAUUUAAAAAAUUAAAGAAAACGCGCAAUUUUCGUGAAAAAUUUUUAUUUUUCAAAAAAAGUUAACGCGCGUUGCGAGACACAAGAGAAAAAAUGUGUGCGCCUUUGAUGAGGGUACGGUAGAAAUGUUUUCUCAUUUUUUCUUUUUUUUUCGCACGCGCGUAACUUGGGUCAAUAUUAAUUUUUGCAGUUGUUUCUGGUGGAACUGACGGAAUCGGAAAAGCCUAUACUUUCGAAUUGGCUCGCCGAGGUUUACGCAAAUUUGUGUUGAUUGGCCGAAACCCGAAAAAAUUGGAAAGUGUCAAAUCGGAAAUUGAAGAUGUCUACGAGGAUGCACAAAUCAAGACAUUCGUUUUCGAUUUUGGAUCGACGGAUUUUAGCAAACUUCGAGAUUAUCUUAGUGAUAUUGAUAUUGGAUUUGCAGGUAAAGAUUUAUUUCUUUUCUCGAAAAUAAAAAACAAAUUCAAAAAUUUUUUUUAGUAAACAGCGUUGGAACUGGACGCGAAAAUCUCGAAAGAUAUGGAGACAACCCGGUCGAAGACACUCAAAUCCUACGAGUAAAUGGUCUUGGAGCCGCCGAAUUUCUCUCAUGCGUUCUUCCACCAAUGGAAGCUUCGGGUGGCGGACAAAUCGUUGUAUUGUCAUCGUCGCAAGGUGUUCGACCGAUUCCAAUGUUGGCCGCGUAUUGCGCAACAAAAUCAUUGCUCAGUUUUCUUUGCGAAUCGAUUGAUCGAGAAUAUAAAACGAUUAGUGUUCAGACUUUGAUCCCAGCGUUGGUUGCCACCAAAAUGACGUAUUACACGGUGAGAAUUAUUUCCCACGAGCUUACCCGAAGUUAAUUUUUUUGCAGGAAGGUUCAAUGUUCGUCGUAACCCCAGAAAACUUCUGUCGCCAAGCUGUCGGUUCCAUCGGACUAACCAAAAAGACAGCCGGAUGUUUGAACCAUGAUCUUCAAAUGCUCGGAUUCCACUUUUUCCCAUGGACAAUUUUGAAAUACAUCAUCAUGCCUAUUUAUUAUCAUCAAAAACAACGGGUCGCAAAAUUGCUCUCCGAGCAAACUCACGUAAUCACUCCUGAAAAAACUAAUCAACGCGCCUUGGCCUAA